AUAGGCAGGUGGGAUCUUUCCUUCCCCCUUCCUUCCAGAAUCCAGACUACUAUAGCGAAAAUACCACAUCACCCGCUCGGAAUCGAUCCGAUCUCUGCUGGCGCUGAGCUCCAUCGAAUUCGCAGCAGGCGGAGGACCGCGAACACGACGAGGGCAGGGAGCAGCAUCCACAAGCCAUGGCGGGGAGGGCCAGCAUCCCCACUAACAACUCCGCCCUCAUCGCAAUCAUCGCCGACGAGGACACCGUCACUGGCUUCUUGAUGGCCGGCGUUGGCAAUGUUGAUCUGCGCAAGAAAACCAACUACCUCCUCGUCGACAACAAGACGACAGUUAAACAAAUUGAGGAUGCAUUCAAAGAAUUUACUACGAGGGAGGAUAUUGCUAUUGUGCUCAUCAGUCAGUAUAUUGCCAACAUGAUAAGAUUUCUGGUGGAUAGCUACAACAAGCCAGUCCCUGCUAUUCUGGAGAUCCCGUCCAAGGACCAUCCAUAUGAUCCAGCGCACGACUCGGUGCUCUCUCGAGUGAAAUAUCUGUUCUCUGCAGAAUCGGUGGCGUCUGAUAGGCGAUAAAGGAAUCCUUGUGUAGUAGUACCCUUUGAUGUAUCUAUUUUUUUAUGUAUUGAAAAGAUGGCACCAUUGGGUGCGAGCGAGACAUCAAGAAGCACAGAUAAUAAGCUUGCAAACAAUAAUUGGUUGAACCAAACCAACACUUUUUUUUCAUAAAAGGUUGGAAUGCUAUUUUGGUGCUUGUAUUUGCUUGGUUAUUAGAGAAUAAAAUGCAACUGUCAUGAUGAAUUGAUUGCC